AUGUCGUCGCAGUCGACCUCGCCCACUCCCUUCUCCAUUGCCGCCGACCUGCAACCAUGUCGUCUGCUCGAACUCCCUCCAGAUCUACUCGAAUACAUCACUACCUCCGACACCCCCACUCUGAGCUUCAAAGCCAAAGACGCGACAGACCCUGAAGCCUUCUUGACCACAAGAGACAAGACCUACCUCUUACGCCAGGUCCACACCUCCAACACCGUCUACAUCACAACCCCUGCCCGUAAUGCUCAAGCUACAACCGCUAUUUCGCAAUGCCGUUCAGCCCUCGAGUGUCUGCCCGCGCCUAUUCGUCAUGCCGAAUCUAUCCUUCGCUCUCUCUUGAUACCGUUCGCCGAACCGCAGGACCUAGACAUCCGCCCUUCCAAUCCGCAGACCAAGGAUCAUGUCUUCGCCCUUACUCCAAUGAGCCAUGACGAGUGCCAGACCGUCUGGAGAGAUCUGAUCGCCUUUGAGCAUUCUGGUCAAAGCUUCCGUCCCACUGCCAUCGCCCUUGCGAAAGUCUGGAAAUGGUUGUUGGAGAUUGCAUAUGCGAAUGCCGUCAACCUGGCAGAGCCGGUGCAGAAAGAGCUUGUCGACAAGAUGCUUGAUGGGGAAGACGAAUGGCCAAGGAGUUUGGUUGAUGCCAUCUUCUCGAAACUAUCCGAUGACAAUCAGAGCUUGCUCCAACUUCAGCAGCAUGCCACUGUAAAAUGGGUGGGCGUCAACACACUGGAAUCAUGUCGUCAGAACAAUAAGCAGUCGAUCAUGGACACAUCGGUAUUCAUGGACACCUGGAAAGAUGCCCUUCCCGAGCUAUGGCGAACCGAGGCAAAUCUCGAUAUGCUUAAGGGAUCGUACAAACCAUCAGCAGGCGGAAAGCGCAUUGAGCUCCUCCACAACCAAAGUGCACACGCCGAAGAAGCCACUGCUGGCGCGUCCAAGCCGUCAACUACGACAACUGCUGGGAAGAGAAAAUGGCACGAGAAGUUUGCUGCGGCAAGAAAGCAGGGCAAGCCGUCCUGA